CAUAAGGCUGGGUUGUGGACUUUGUUGUUGGUGGUUUUUUGUUUUUUGUUUUUUUGCCCCUUCUUUUCUUGUUAGACUGGUUUGAGCACCCCAGCAUCUGUCCUGUACUUAUCAGGUAGAACCAGAAUUUUUUGGAUAAUGAAACCCGUGACCAAUUCUUACCCAAGGUGGUUAUGACAUACGUCAGCUGCUUCUUGGCCUAUAUAGUUAGGAGCUGACCUCUUUUACCUUGUGAAUAAUUAUGUCAUCACCUCCAUUAUUCUUUUGGUGUUCUCAAUUGAAAUGCCAGGCAUUAAAUGAGCCACAAAGGUUAAAUUCCCAUUAUCCUUCAAUCAGAGCAAGCCUGUUGUGCAGCCAUGAGUUAGUGGAGAAAAAUCCAGAGUUGUAAGUACAGUACGUUUUGCCUCAACAAAAUGGAAAUUUGCAGAAAAGGAGCUGCUCCAGCCUUUGAGUCACUUUAAAGUCUUUGAGAGAAGAUUAUAAAUGGCAGAGCCAUUUAACUGUGGUUAGCUGUUGGAUUCUGAUACUUUCUUAAAAAUACCUUCCUGCACCAACAUCUUCAUUGGAAACAGUUCAGAAAAAGCAGAGGAGAGAGACAACUUUCACAUUUACCAUGGCUAUACCAAUAACAGUGCUUGACUGUGACCUCUUGCUGUAUGGCCGUGGUCACCGGACAUUGGACCGUUUUAAGCUGGAUGAUGUGUCUGAUGAAUACUUGAUGUCCAUGUAUGGGUUUCCGCGACAGUUCAUUUAUUACUUGGUGGAGCUCUUGGGGGCGAAUCUUUCCAGGCCUACUCAGCGAUCCAGGGCUAUUAGCCCAGAGACACAGAUCCUUGCAGCAUUGGGUUUUUAUACCUCAGGUUCCUUCCAGACUCGGAUGGGAGAUGCCAUUGGAAUCAGUCAGGCGUCUAUGAGUCGUUGUGUUGCCAAUGUCACCGAAGCACUUGUGGAAAGGGCCUCACAGUUCAUUCGCUUUCCAGCUGAUGAAGCCUCCAUACAGGCUCUGAAGGAUGAAUUCUAUGGGUUGGCAGGGAUGCCAGGGGUGAUGGGGGUAGUUGACUGUAUCCAUGUGGCCAUCAAGGCACCAAAUGCUGAAGACCUCUCCUAUGUGAACCGAAAAGGCCUGCAUUCUUUAAACUGCCUGAUGGUGUGUGACAUUAGAGGGGCACUAAUGACCGUGGAGACAAACUGGCCAGGCAGCCUACAGGACUGUGCCGUGCUGCAGCAGUCUUCCCUCAGUAGUCAGUUUGAAGCCGGUAUGCACAAAGAUAGCUGGCUUCUGGGUGACAGUUCCUUCUUUCUUCGAACCUGGCUCAUGACCCCACUUCACAUUCCUGAAACUCCAGCAGAAUAUCGCUAUAAUAUGGCCCAUUCUGCAACUCACAGUGUGAUUGAGAAGACUUUCCGAACCCUCUGCUCCCGAUUCCGCUGCCUGGAUGGAUCCAAGGGGGCACUGCAGUACUCACCAGAGAAAUCCAGCCACAUCAUCUUGGCCUGUUGUGUUCUCCACAACAUCUCCCUGGAGCAUGGGAUGGAUGUUUGGUCCUCUCCAAUGACAGGACCCAUGGAACAGCCCCCUGAAGAAGAGUAUGAGCACAUGGAGUCCCUGGACUUAGAGGCUGACCGUAUUCGUCAGGAGUUAAUGCUCACUCAUUUUAGCUAAUGUAGAAGGUGGAGAGGAGGGAGACUUCCCAGGAGUUGUGACAGACUUUCUUCCUCAUCACCUUCUACACAGUUCCAUCAUCUAGCAUGACUGAGUAUUCAGAUACUUGUCAUAAACUGACAUUUAAUCUGUGUGUUUUGGUAAGGUUGGGGCUAUGCCGGAAUAUCUUGAUUCAUUUGCAAAUGCAUUAAACCGAAACCAAGACAGCGGUUACCUACUGUGCAGUGAA